GGGCAGAAACGCUUCUGGGAAAAGCUCAUCUGGAAACACUAUACUUGGGGAAAAAAAAGUUCAAAGCCCAAAAACAUAAGAAAAAAAAUGAUGAUGAAGUUUGUGAAGAAGUAGCUCAGAUCGGAGAGAAGCAGGUGUGUGUGAUUGACUGUCCAGAUCUUCUGGAUCCAGAUCUGUCUGAAGAGAAGCUGGAGAUGCUGAAAGAGCAGCUGGUCUCUGGAUGUUCAGCAGGUCUCAGUUCAGUUCUGCUCACCGUUCCUCUAGAGGAACCUGUGGGAAAUGAGGAAGAGAUCCUGUAUUUCAUCAAGUGUUUAUUAGGUCCUGAAGUUCAGCAGUACAUCAUGAUUCUGUUCACACAUGGAGAUGAGCUGGAACAAAUGAAGAGGAAUGGCAGCAAAGACCGUCCUCGUGUCAAUUUUUCAGGAGAUUUUCCAGCAGAUGAGACUGAUGUGAUUCCUGGGAAGAAAGACCAGAUCAGGCUGGAUCUGCUGGGAAAAACUGGAUCUGGGAAAAGUUCCACUGGAAACCCCAUCAUCGGCAGAAUCCUGUUCACAUUACUGAAACAGUGUCAUUCAGAAACUAAACAGAUCUCAGUGAUCGACACACCAGCACUCGCUUGCAUCAACUGUUCGUGAGUUAAAACCAAAGCUUGUUGUGAUGUAAAAAGUUACAACCUGCUGCACAUUAAUCAAUAUUUGAUCACUGCAGCAUUAAACUUAAGUACAAAGUAUACUUCGUUUUUUUAGCGUACGCACACAGUUACUUCCUUUGACUCCUACGCAUACACAGGUGUUCAACGCAUGCGCAGUUUUGAGCAAUUUCUCUAGAAAGUUACAAUCCAUGUAAAUAUAUUUGUGUUCUUUCAUGCUAAAGUUGUACAAAUGAGGGUACUUUCUAACCUCUUCACACGAUCUCUCAUCUAUGUAGGCCUCCGUUGUCGCUGUAGCUUGCAUGUGUUCCAGUCUGUUCUGUUUAUGCAGUUUUUCUUUGAUUAUCUUGUAAAUUGAAGCCCCCAGGGCACGGCUGCCACUUUGUGGAUAAACUAAUUAAUGCAAUAAAAAAAUUUAAAAAUGUAAAUGCGCAUGUGCAACCUACAAAAAUCAACCUACAAAAAUCCGGCUGUGCACAUACAGUACGCUCAUACUUUUCCUGAGGACGUAAUUCGUGUCGCGCGCACACGAGGGUCAGCAUACAGUGCGCGUGACGCAAAUUUCGUGACUAAAAAGUGAAGUAUACUUUGAAUUGAAAGCCUACAUAUAAGCUAAAUAUUUAUGGAAAGCUCAAAUCAAGAAUAAAAUAGCAGAUUGAUUGAAUCACAUCAGUACACUGCUGGUGUUGGUGGCAGAAGUAAGCAAGUACACGUGCAAAUUAAGUCCAUGCACGCAGAUGUUAAAAUGAAACUGUCUCUUUAUUUUGUUCAUCAAUAAACACUGCUUCCAGUCA